AUGUGGAAUUGUAUUCAAUUCCUUGUGAAGACUAUUUCUAUAAAUACUCCUAGCCUAUAUCUUUCCUUAUACGAUAUCCUUAUCGAUGUCCAAGAACUGCCCCCAGACUCCUGGCUGGCCCAGUUUAUCCUGCACAUUAUCCUGUCCGACCUUGUUCCUGCUAUCGGGUAUCGACACCCAUCUCAAGGGCAACCGGACCAACUUGCAGUUGUCGAUCACGUAUAG